AUGGAGAACAUUAGCAGUAAGAUAUCGUACACGGAGCCUGGAGUGAGACUUUCGAUUAAUUUGAGGGAGAGGUGCCGAAUGCAUGAUUUGAAUGAGGCUCUCGACGACCUUCGUAAUGUAAUUCCCUAUGCUCAUGGUGGUUCUGUAAGGAAGUUGAGCAAGAUUGCAACAAUGCUUCUGGCUAAAAAUCAUAUCAUUAUGCAAGCCAAAGCAAUCGAGGAGCUGAGCGUUCUAGUGUCCCAAUUGAAGAAGAAAAAAUCAUCCGAAAGUUCUGAGUCUGCUGCAUGUGUGAACAAAGAGUCCUCAUCGCCAAAGUCAUCGUUGUCAUCUGAAGAAUCAUCGAACUCUGAUAAUUAUUGA